GAUCUGAACACGGAUGUUCAUCACUCUCGAUCCCCUACGACCGCCUAGCCGAAUAAAAGUAUCUAUUGAAUCCCGGUGACCGAUGAUUACCCAGCUUUUUACAUGAAAUAUAAAAGGUAGUUUCUAAACGUGCGCCUAAGGCACGAAGAUUAGUCUGACCUUCCUCCGCAACCUACAACACCCGUGGACACUACCUAUUUCGGAGUCACGCAGAAGACAUAGCGUUUGUCGCAGUCGUGAAAGACAUUCUAUAUGCGUCCCAAUGAGCCAUAAACUUGAACCGCGCGUCAGUGUUAUCUCCAGACUAUGGCUGCACAGCAAAGACCCAGUGGACGACGAGGUCCACCGUCCGGGGGUGGCAGUCGAUGGCGCGAGUUUUCUCAGCUUAAUCGUCUCAAACCAGUGGUCACUGAUCCAUUGGAAGAGUAUGGGUUACCUUCGAAAGGAGAGACAAGACUUCAUACGUUCAACAAGCAAGAGGAGUUCUAUAAGACAAUUGUGACGCGUUACAUGCAACUAUGUGCUGAAUCUGGCGGUGGUGAUGAGUUGACAAACCUAUUUGCAGCGAUAUCGCUGGUCCCCGUCGAAGACACAGGUGAAAGCGAAAGCAGUGGUAUCUCUGCCUGCUCAUCGUCCAGCUCUGUUACAUCCUCUCGUCCUGUAUCGGCCCACUCGAACACAACGACGUUCUCGAUGUCAUCUCGACAGGAACCACAAGGCAAACGAACACUGACUGUGGAGCUCAACAUGAUCCUCUCAGCGAUGCGUAAACUCCGUGAAGCUAUAGUAGCAUCGCACCGUGUCGACAACUUCGCUCAACGAGCAUACAUCUUCAUAAUACACGCCUCUAUACUUGUACAGUCCUUCGAGUCAUAUCAUCCGGCCCUUCUAUAUCUCUUGAAACACAUCCAUCCUCGCUCUCCGCUCUCAGAGCCUGAGCUCCACGAGUUCGCGGGCUACUACAUCCUUGACCAAGCCUGUCGGCUCAGUGACAUCACAGCUGCACACGCAACAAGGAUUGAAUACCAGUACCGCGAUAGAAGAGUAGAGGGGGUCCUGAGAGCGCUCACAACCGAUAAUUGGGUCAGAUUCUGGAAGCUAAGAAGAGCUAUCGAUGGCUAUCAGGCCAAGUUGCUUGCUCCCGCCGAGGACAGAAUGAGACUCCACGUCCUGAAAUGCUUUGGACGAAGCUAUAUCAGCGUGGAAAAGCCUUUUGUGGAACGGAGUGUGGAAGCGACCUGGGACGAGUUGGUAGGGCAAGGUGUAGGCUGGCAGUUGGACGAGUCGACGAACAAGGUUGUGAUCAGGCGUCCUAAGGCGAAGUGAGCAGAUGACCCGGUAUCGCCUAGCACUGCUACAUGGACCAUGUUCUGCAAUGUCCAUCGAAUAAUACUCUCUCGGUUGACAAAAUACCGCCUUUGCCACAAUCCAUCGAGGAUGCUUGAAUCAUGACAGAACGGUGUUUGCAUUUAUACAACUCCAACGAUGGUCAUUAAGCCUCGUCUUCAUUCUCGUCUACGUCUGUAACGUCAUCCUCCUCCUCCUCCUCCUCCUCCUCCUCCUCCUCCUCCAAUUCCACGCCCCCCGCAUCCUCAUCCCACUCGUCGU